AUGAACGACGUGUCCGUCACCGUGGACGGCAAGACCGUGCUGAUAGAGGCCGGCUCGUCCAUCAUCCAGGCCGCCGACAAGGCCGGCGUGGUGAUCCCCCGAUACUGCUACCACGAGAAGUUGGCGAUUGCCGGAAACUGCCGGAUGUGUCUCGUAGACGUCGAGCGCAUGCCCAAGUUGAUUGCGUCGUGCGCCAUGCCCGUGCAGAACGGCAUGGUGGUGCACACCAACACCGAGAGGGUGCACAAGGCCCGCGAGGGCGUCACGGAGAUGUUGUUGGAAAACCACCCGUUGGACUGCCCCGUGUGCGACCAGGGAGGCGAGUGUGACUUGCAGGAGCAGAGCCACCGCUACGGGUCGGACCGCGGCCGGUUUUCGGAGGUCAUGGGUAAGCGUGCCGUGGAAAACAAGGCCAUCGGGCCCUUGGUCAAGACGUCCAUGAACAGAUGCAUCCACUGCACGCGGUGUGUGCGGUUCAUGAACGACGUGGCGGGCGCCCCCGAGUUGGGCACUGCAGGCCGUGGAAACGACAUGCAGAUCGGCACGUACAUCGAGCGCAACAUCAACUCGGAGAUGUCCGGAAACGUCAUCGACUUGUGCCCCGUGGGGGCGUUGACGUCCAAGCCCUACGCCUUCAAGGCUCGUCCCUGGGAGUUGAAGCGCACGGAGACCAUCGACGUCAUGGACGCCGUGGGCUCCAACGUGCGCGUGGACGCGCGGGGCAUCGAGGUCAUGCGUGUCAUGCCGCGCUUGAACGACGAGGUCAACGAGGAGUGGAUCUCGGACAAGUCGCGCUUUGCCUGCGACGGCUUGAAGGCCCAGCGAUUGACCGUGCCCUUGCUCAAGAACGGCGACGAGUUCCGCACCAGCACGUGGGACGACGCGCUCUCGGUGAUCACCGCGGCGUACAAGAAAAUCGCGCCGCAGGGCGACGAGUUCAAGGCCGUGGCCGGCGCGUUGGCGGACGCCGAGGCCAUGGUGGCCUUGAAGGACUUGGCCAACCGCUUGGGCUCGGAGAACACCACCACCGACGUCAAGCAGGCCACCGGCGCGCACGGCGUGGACGUCAGGUCCAACUACCUCUUCAACUCGACCAUCGACGGCAUCGAGGACGCGGACCACAUCUUGCUUGUGGGCACCAACCCCCGCCACGAGGCCGCGGUGUUGAACGCGCGGAUCCGCAAGGUGUGGUUGCGCUCCGACUUGCACGUGGCGCACGUGGGCCAGCAGUUCGAGUCCACAUUCGACGUUGAGGCCUUGGGCCACAGCGCCAAGGACUUGACGGCCGCGUUGGCCGGCGCCUACGGCAAGAAGUUGGCCGGCGCCAAGAAGCCGAUGAUCAUCGUGGGCUCGGGCGUCGCCGAGUCCGACGACGCCAGCGCCAUCUACCAGGAUGUGGCCGCGUUUGCCUCCAAGCACCCCAACUUCAACACGGACACGUGGAACGGCGUCAACGUGUUGCACCGCGAGGCGGCCCGCGCCGCGGCGUUGGACCUCGGCUUCCAGAGCCUUGGGCCCGAGGCCACGCAGCCCAAGUUCGUGUACUUGCUCGGUGCUGAUGAGUUCAAGCCCGGCGACAUCCCCAAGAACGCGUUUGUCGUGUACCAGGGCCACCACGGAGACGCGGGCGCCGCGAUGGCCGACGUCGUGUUGCCCGGUGCCGCGUACACGGAGAAAGCCGCCACGUACGUCAACACCGAGGGCAGGACGCAGGUCACGCGUGCCGCCACCAACGGUCCCGGCGCGGCCCGCGAGGACUGGAAGAUCGUGCGUGCGUUGUCCGAGUACUUGGGCGAGGCCUUGCCCUACAACGACUUGUACGGGGUGAGGGAGCGUUUGGGCGAGAUUGCGCCCCACUUUGUCAGACACGACGUGGUGGAGCCCGCCAGUGUGGAGGUGGCCAGCAUCGGGCUCAAGGACAUCUUGAACAGACACCACAAGGUGAAGGCGACGGGCGCGGCGUUGAAGAACCCCAUCGACAACUUCUACUUCACGGACGUGAUCUCGCGGUCGUCGCCCACGAUGGCCAAGUGCGUGUCGUCGUUCGGGGCCAAGAUCGACAAGAUCAAGGACCCCAAGCCCGAGGUCAGCAUUGCCUAA